AUGGGGGAAAAGCCGUAUUCCUGUCCUGAGUGCGGGAAAUAUUCUUCACAGAAGUCCCAUCUUUACAAACAUCAUAGAUUGCACACAGUGAGGAAGCCGUAUUCCUGUCCUGAGUGCGAGAGAUGUUUUGUAGAAAAAUCAAAACUUGUCAAACAUCUGAGGUCUCAUGCAGGUGAAAAGCUGUAUUCCUGUUCUUUCCAGCCAUCAGAGAUUUCACACGUGGGAGAAGCCCACUUUCCGGUCCUGAGUGAGGGAUAUGUUCCUCACUGA